UCAUGAGCCCAUACAAAUACUAAGAACCAUGAGAAACAUUCAUUCAGACCAUCUUAAAGCAACUGAAUGAACUUAUACCAUCAGACUAUGACUAUGACACUUCCGAGGAAUAUUCUGCUACUGACUAAAGAAUUUGCAUGGCUCUCUGCUGUCAUGAUAGUUUUACUGACUCAGAAGGCUGUCUCAACAUCUGCUGUUAUGGCCUGUGGGGUGUCUGUGGAUCCACCUGCCAGUAUUCAGAUAACAGACCCUGGAAACCUGGGUUACCUUACAAUCCACUGGGCUCAACCAGCCAGCCUUAAGAACCUCACAGACUGCAAAAUCAGAUACCAGCUCCGAUACUAUGACACCUAUGAGGAGCGCUGGAGAAUUGUCCGAACACAUGAACUGAGUUAUUCUGCCCAGUUUGACCUUGAGAAACCCAUCAAGAUAAGAAUUGUCACUCUGAUGAAAUGCACUUGCACCAAUGGGACAGAGGUCCAAGGAGAGGAGGCAGACAGGGAGUACACACCUGACCUUACAGGUGUGGAAGGGUCAAGAAUAAGAGAGUUUCACUGUGUUUUCCAUGGGAAGGAGUAUAUGGACUGCACGUGGGAGUCAGGACCGGUCCAGCCGCCAAAUUCACAGUACUACUUGUAUUACUGGCAUAGAGAAAUGGAUGAAACAAAGGGAUGCCCAGAAUACAUCAUAUUAAAUGAGGUUCGGCGAGGAUGCAGGUUUCCUCAUCAAUCUCUGUUAGAGUUCUCUCAGUUUAAUAUGUGUGUCAAUGGAUCAUCUGCAGCUGGAAGCCUGAGAGCGGCCUUCUUCUCUUUGGAGGUCCAAAAUUAUGUAAAACCAGCAGCGGUUUCCUCUCUUCAGAUGUUAGAGACUGUUGAACGGUUGAGGUUAGAUUGGGUGCCACCCAGUGGUUUAGUUCCAGAUCACUGCUUGGAAUAUGAGCUGGAGAGCAAUGUUGUGAUGAAAGAUGGCAAAGAGAAAGAGCACAGGAAACUUCUUGAGAAAACAUCGUACGAUUUACUGAAGGAUGGAGAAAGUAAAUUUACCUGCUUUCGGGUCAGGUCAAAGAUGAGCAUGUACUGUGCUGAUCAGGGACUUUGGAGCGAUUGGAGCCAAACAACAUGUACAGCAUCAGAAGAGAAAACCCAAUAUAUAUCAUCAUGGCAUCUUCUAAAUCUGGCGUUGGGUAUCACUGUUGUUGUAGUCUUCAUCCUCUGUCUUUCAUUGUGGAUUAUAAAGAACUUGUGCAGAAAGAAUGACGUUAUCUACACUUUAUACAAGCAGAAGAUUAAUGAAACCCUUCCCACAGCCCUCAGUCCCAUUUUCCAAUGAUUCAAUAGCAUUAUAUUUCUAAUCUCGUCAUGCACUGUCACCUGUUAAUAUUUUGUUUCAGUUUUGUGCCAAAUCGACGCUUCUAUUAUACAUUACCAUUUAAGCAUUCUAAACUGCACUGAAUAUAUGAUGGUCAGAGAGAUAACAAUAGCUGAUAUAAUGACAGCUGAGUAAUGUGGACCACAGCAUUUACCUGAACUUAUGAACCAGAUUGUUUACUGACCGACUAUAUUACCUGUUAUGUUUACAUGGACAUGUAAAUUAUCAAAGUUACUCAUACAAUAGAUUUUCCAAAUGCCAAGGAGCUUGCCAUUUUUACAUUUACUUUAUUAGCUUUUUUAUGACUGUGAGAUAUGUUUUAUUGUUGCUCACAUUCUGAAGUAACAAAUUUUACACAAUUAAAUAAAUA